ACACCAGCCGUCGGUUGGGUCCUUAGAGUUCCACAAAUCUACGCAAUCACCUAAAGAACUCAAUGGCGACGGCUUAUAUGCGAGAUCGGGAUUGGAUUUAAAGAAUGGUAGGCCUCGCCUGGUAUUUGGAAACCGCGUCUAAUCCCUCGCAGAUACACAAGGGAUUUGUGAUUGUGUAGCGUCACGUCGGAUAUCUGAGCUCAUACGAGGCGGCCCAACACGCAGAGACCAUGUACUGCCUCCAGUGGUUACUCCCGGUCCUCCUGAUCCCCAAACCCUUAAAUCCGGCCCUGUGGUUCAACCACUCCAUGUUCAUGGGCUUCUACCUGCUCAGCUUCCUGUUGGAGAGGAAGCCGUGUACCAUUUGUGCCUUAGUCUUCCUGGCGGCGUUGUUUCUCAUCUGCUACAGCUGCUGGGGAAACUGCUUUCUGUACCACUGCCACGAUUCUCCACUGCCGGACUCCGCACACGACCCCAGCAUUGUGGGCACCUAGACUCGGGUUUCCGCACGGACACAUCCGGACUGGGAAU